AGGCAAACAAAUAAAUGAUUCACACAACCCACCGUUCAACCACCUACUCCCUCUUCUGAUAUCUCCCCUUCAUCUUUUUUAUUAAGUUUAAAUUAUUUAUAUCUUCCAAAAGCCUCACCACAACAUUAAUCCUCUUCACAAUAUUAAAGAGAAAACAUAAGAGAUUGUUUCUUGUAGAAUUCUAUAAUCUUGUGAUUAAAUGGCGAGCCAGGAAGUCGUGGUGGUCGGAGGGGAGAGAGAAGGGGCUGAGAUCGUGUACGGAGCGGAGGAGUGUUACCAGAAAUCAGUGGAGCUUCUAGAGGAGCUAGGGUUUCCAAAAGGAGUGAUGCCUUUAAAGAAUCUUGUGGAGUGUGGAAGAGUUAGAGCCACGGGGUUCGUGUGGAUGAAGCAAGACACGCCUUACGAGCAUUUCUUCGAAGCCACCAACACUCGCGUCUCCUACGCUCUUGAGGUCACCGCCUAUGUCGACAAGUGUUGUAUGAAGAAGAUGACAGGAGUGAAGAGUAAGCAGAUGUUUUUGUGGGUACCAAUUGUGGAGAUGAGUAUGGAGGAGCCAAAAAGCAAGAAGAUUUACUUCAAGACUCCUAUGGGAAUCGGCAAGUCUUUUCACGUUACCUCAUUCAUGGACGAGGAAGAGAAGCGCAACUUUUACUUGGAGAAUCCCAAGAAAUAACACCAUUUAUUAUUAAUUUAUAUUUGGGUUGGUUUUGCUUUUGUUUUUCUAUUACUCUUGCAAUGUUGCAUUUAUGGCUCUAUGCAUUUUUAUCUAAUAACAAAAAAUGAGGUAAAAUUUGGUUU